CGACAACUCUGCAUGGAGCUCUUCGUUACAACAACAACACCUGUGUCAUCAAAGUCCACUUCGGUCGCCGGUUUUCCGUUUCAUAUAGAGUAGAACAUGUCUCAGUCAGGUCUGUCUCAGAAACAAAUUGAUCAGUUUGAGGAAUCAUUUUCCAAGAAUGACAAGUAUCAGCUAGCUCAGAAUGUCUGCAAUGGCCACCCCUUGGCAGAGAUGCUUGCCUCCCGUCCCCUGCAGCAGUCAGUCCAGCACUGCUUCAACAACACGAUUGAGAAGGAAGGCCAACCAAUAACAGACCAGCAGCGUUCUGGAAGGUGCUGGAUAUUUGCAUGCCUCAACAUCAUGCGGGUCCCAUUUAUGAAGAAAUACAAACUGGAAAAGUUUGAGUUCAGCCAAAAUUAUCUGUUCUUUUGGGAUAAGGUUGAGAGGGCCAACUAUCUGCUGCAUGCUUUUGUGGAGUGUGCUCGUAAAGGGGAGACCUAUAACGGUCGUCUGAUAAGUCACAUGUUGCGCAACCCUUCUGAGGAUGGUGGGCAGUGGGACAUGCUUGUCAACUUAGUGGAGAAGUAUGGUGUGGUGCCUAAGGAGUGCUUCCCUAAUACCUGGAGUGCGGAUAACAGUCACAGACUGGGGCAAAUAAUGAAUAACAGGCUGCGUGAGGGCUGUUCAGUGCUGCAUGGGAUGGUGGCUGCUGGGAAGACUGAAGCAGAGAUAGAGACUGCAAUCAAUGGCAUGAAUGAAGAGAUCUAUCGCAUCAUGUGCAUAGUGCUGGGUAAACCUCCGCGCACUGUGAUGUUCCAAUACAUGAAUGCAGCAGACAAGGGAAAGGAAGGGGAGACCACCGGCGCAAAGAAGACGCACAGCAUCGGACCUAUCAGCCCAAGGGACUUCUACCACCAGCUGGUCAAGCCAGAUUGCAUGGACAUGGAGGACUUGGUGUGUAUAGUGAAUGACCCACGGCCAAACAACCCCUACAACAAGCUGUACACAGUGGAGUACCUGGGAAACAUGACAGGGGGAAAGCCAACACUCUACAUCAACCAGCCCAUAGAGGUCCUCAAACAACUGACCAUCAAGUCAAUCAAAGAGGCACAAACACCGGUUUGGUUUGGAUGUGAUGUUGGUAAACACUACAACCACAAGCUGGGAUUCUUGGAUCUAAAGGCACUGGAUUUUCAGCUGAUGUUUGAUGUGGAUACACUAAAGCUGGGCAAGGCAGAGCGGCUAAUGUAUGGAGAGUCCCUUAUGACCCAUGCCAUGGUCUUCACUGCUGUAAACACCAGUGACUCUGGAGCUGCUGACAAGUGGAGGGUUGAGAACUCCUGGGGUGACAAAGAUGGUGAUAAAGGCUACCUUGUGAUGUCUGACGACUGGUUCUCUGAGUUUGUGUACGAGGUGGUAGUUAGCAGGAAGCUGAUACAGGACCCCAGCAUCCUGGCUGUGCUUGACCAGGAACCAGUGAGACUCCCAGCCUGGGACCCCAUGGGCGCACUAGCACAUUGAUGUCAGGGCAGGGCAUCGUCAUGUUUACAGAGCGUUUGUUCAUGGUCUACAUGACUCUACGGAUUAGUAUGGAAAAAUAAUCUGACUCUUUGUUAGGCCCUGAACAAUAAAAACUGGUAUAUUUGUAACAGCUUUUACUGAUAGGGCACAUAAGAAUGUUUAUUCAUGAGCUGCAUUUGAUAUUGUUAUUAAUAUUUACUUUGCAUGUUUGUGUGUGAAUAACAGGGAGUUUUACUUUAGAUGUGAGCUAUGGUUUUUAAAAUAUACGUGAUAUGGAAUGAUGCUGAUUGCUAAAGAUUAUGAUGAAAUAUAAGGAAAAUAAUGAACUAUGUGAGUACAAUCCAUAUAUUUAUGUUUUCAUAAAGCAAUGUGCCAUGUGUAAACACAUAUGUUAAAUCAUAUGUUUGUGUUAUGUGAUGUUGCUAUAUUUCUGGAAAGUGUUUUUGAUAUUGUUGUUAAAACUGCGGAAAUGUAUAAGAUAGUAAGAGAACCAAAAUCCCAUUAGCUUUUUAAUUUAGAUAUAACUAAAUGGAAAUUAAAUGUAUUUGAAAUGUAGGAAAUGUUCUUUUCGUUUAUUUGUAUACACAAUGUGUUUAAAGAACAGGAUCUGGUAUUCAA